AUGUUGCGCUGUCCCACCUCUUUCCUUCUGCCUCUUCCUUUGGUUCUUUUGUUUCCACGUUCCUCGCGUCUCCCCGCGGCCUCGCUCAGUCGCGGCUUCCUUCCGUCGGUCCAGGCCCCCGUGCGCCCUGAGCCCUGCUUUGUGUUCCGCCUCUUGUCCCCCUUACUCGCCCUGCUGCAUGCCCGCUGCUGUGGCGCGUGCUGCGCCAGUUUCUGCCUGCCUCGCUCCGGGUCAUCUGGUAUGCCUCCCACCCCCACCCGCCCUCCGUGCUGUCGCGUGUUCCCUCUACUCCUUGCGGCGGCGCGAUGUCCCCCCCGCUCUCCGCCUCACCUCUCUCCCCUCAUGACACCCAAAGACUCUCGACACUCUGCCACCCCCCUCCCUCUCACGAAGAUCAUCGAGGUGAAGAUUAUUGAUGAUGAAGAGUACGAGAAGAACAAGGCCUUCACCAUCGAGCUGGGAGAGCCUGUUCUGUUGGAGAUAGGCCAGAAACACGGUGACUCCAAUGAGAACAAGCCAUUGGUGGGAGCAGAGGACGAAGAAGUGGCCAAAAUGGGCUGUCCCAGUCUGGGCGAGCACACAGCAGUAGAGGUGGUCAUAGAGGAGUCCUACGAGUUUAAGAGUACGGUAGAUAAGUUGAUCAAGAAGACAAACCUGGCCUUGGUGGUGGGAAGCAGCAGCUGGAGGGAGCAGUUUGUCAAUGCGGUUACCGUCAGCGCAGGAGACGACGACGAAGAGGAGAGUGGCGAGGAGCGGCUGCCAUCUUGCUUCGACUACAUCAUGCACUUCCUCACCGUCUUCUGGAAGGUUCUGUUCGCCUUCGUCCCCCCCACGGAGUACUGGAACGGCUGGGCCUGCUUUAUUGUCUCCAUAUCGCUUAUCGGCGUCCUGACGGCAGUCACCGGCGAUCUGGCGUCACACUUCGGCUGCACGAUAGGACUGAAGGACUCGGUGACGGCUGUGGUGUUUGUGGCACUUGGAACCUCGGUGCCAGACACAUUUGCCAGCAAGGUCGCCGCCAUCCAGGACCAGUACGCUGACGCCUCCAUUGGCAACGUCACCGGCUCCAACGCCGUCAACGUCUUCCUUGGCAUCGGCGUGGCUUGGACCAUCGCCGCCGUCGCCUGGCGCUCCAAGGGCAAGCCGUUCAAGGUGGAUCCAGGAAACCUGGCCUUCUCUGUCACCCUCUUCACCAUCCUGGCCGUGGUGUGUGUGAUCACACUGCUCUACCGGCGGCGGGCAACGGUGGCCGGCGGCGAGCUGGGCGGCCCGCGGACUUGCAAGCUGAUAACGUCACUGAUGUUCGUCUCGCUGUGGCUGGUUUACAUCCUGCUGGCUUCACUGGAGGCCUACUGCCAUUUACCAGUGUUUUAAAUGGAGAGGAGAGGGGAGGGAGAGAGACCUACUGCCAAUAUGAAGAGAGAGAGAGAUGGAGGGAUGGAAGAGUCUUCAAAGAGGGAUGCGACCGGGAGAGAUGGUUAGUAGAGGUGGAUCGACAAGGGCCAAGUCAGACAUUUUCAUGGAGUCAACAGAUCUUUACAUUUUCUUUAUUUAAAGUCCAAAACAACUUUCAGUGUCUUUGACAGACUUUUUUUCUCUUUACAUUUCUUUAUUUCAUGAAAAAGACCGUAUAAAACCAUUAUAAAGCAUAAAACUCUCCAAUGUCUCCAAGGAGACCCACCAUCGAUCCAGUGAUGAAGGAUACAUAGAGCCUCUAAAUUAAGAAUUAUUUAACUCAACACAUUCAUGAAAGGUUUUAAAGAGCCUCAUCACCAGUGGAUGUGAUUGUUUAAUAGUUAAUAAAAAGCUGAUACCGUUCCAGCAUACUGCCAGACCAGCAGGAGAGAGGAGCUGUUAGUCGGCCUCUUAAGGGAAGACGAAGGUGAAGAAGAGGUUGAAAGGUAAAAGUGGAGUUGAGAGUUGAGAGGAAGCUGGAGGUAACCAAACCAGAAGAAGUCUGUGUCAAGUUGAUGGAGAGACUAGAGAGAAGACGACACAGGAGAAAGUAAAAAAGGUAGAUGGGGAAAAAUAUUCGACACCCCCUCCUCACUCUCUCUAUCGCUCCCUCCAUCUUUACUGUAUCUCGCCAUCACGUGAACAGUGGAUUCUCCCAUUACACCCACUGAACUCUAUCUAAUACUAUCAGUGACUUACUUUUAACCCCUCUUCCCCCAACUGCACACACACACACACACACACACUUUGGGGCCCUCAGGUGAAUCUGCAGUGGAGGACCACGCACUAACUUGUGGGCGAACAGGCAAGAUAAAAACUGAUGACCUCUUUUUGUCUUGAUUUUUUUUUUUCCUUCUUUUCUUGAAUACACUGUGCAAAAUAGUCCUUCCUAUAACACACACACACACACACACCAGAGACUGUACACACUCCUCUGUCCCCCCCUCUUGCCUUACUCCCAUCUCCCCUGUAGAAAUUGUCUCAAAGUUGUGAUAAAAACGCUGUAGUCACCAACCAACCCUCUUUUUAAUUGAGCCAAUCCCAAGUCCCUCUCCUUUUAAGCCAAUCAACAGCCUCGUUUAUCCCAUGUAGGAAACGUACCCUCCUCCUUUUUUUUCUAAUCUUUUCAAUGGCGUCACGUGUUGAUGUUGUUACUGUGCAAUUGUAAAAAACAAAAAACAAAAAAAAAAACAAAAGACAAAUAUAGUCUGGAGAAAUGGAAAGAAAGUUAAAGUAGUCUUUUUGGAGGAUGGGAUGUUACUAAGGAUGCUGAUGAGCAGAUUUAAGAUUAGAAACAUAAGUCUGAAGGACCAACGAGUAAGCAGUCCACCUAAAGAUAGUUGUCUUUCUUGUAAUGAAGAAGCAUUGUGCAACACACAUUGUUUACAGUCUAAAGUUGCAUUAAAUGGCGGGGAACAUGUGAACAAGCAGAGCUAGAGCCCAGCAGGAAAUGAUGUAACGCCAAGUGACAUCAACGAACAAGACAAAGGUGGGACCAAUCGGAAUGAAGGAUCUCACUGGUGACUUGACAGCGACUGUGAAGAGGAGGACGAUGACAGUGUUGUUGAUGACAAAUCAAAACUAUGACCAUACCCAGUGUUUCUAAUUGUACAUGAUAAUAUAAGAAACUGUUAUUGAUGUGUGCGAGAAAAACACUGAUAUUUAGUUUAUGUGAACUCCCUCCUCUUUGUAAGGAAAACUCUGGAGGAGGAAAGGGAAGAUCGAUGUGCCCCUUUUUCCUCUAAAACACAGUUCAAGAAGACAUUUUAAGUAAAUCCAUCACAAGUGAAAAAAGGCUGUACGGCUGACGGUGAACCAGACACAACUGACAGACGGAGAGAAGAGUUGAGUGCUCUGAGGGAAAUGUACGGCAGCUCUGAAAUAUCAUGUCAUAACGUUGGGAUGUUUUUUUGAACGCAAAACAAAAAUCACAAGCCUCUGUUAUCCAAAGAUUUAAUGGAAGAAUACUGUCACAGAUCACCAUUAAUUUUCAGAGUGAAAUUUUACUUUGCAGCAUUAUAUAAGUCCCACAAGCUGAAAAAAAACUGGCAAGUUUAAAUUUAUAAAGGUGUUGAUGAAUAUGCUUAACCAUUGGUAUUAUUUAUGAGGUUGAGCCUGUAUCAAAAGCUGUGCUAUUUAUUUUGUGUUUGUGAAAAGUUUGUCGAUUCAGGCAUGGUUGUGAAAGUGAAAGUAAGAUAUCAGAGUAGCUUAAAACAUGAAAUUAACCAUUCUGUUAUUAUUUGUCUGUCUGAGAAAGUGUCAAAUCCAGAUUUACAUUAUGUUAUGUUGUGUUAAUACCCCUGCCCAGGGGCUUGGAAUGAAGCAGGACAGAAGGGACGGCAUAUGGCUUGUCAGUGUAAAUGAUUGUUAAAUGUUGUUGUUAACUAUGUCCUUCUAUGCUGUUAACAACAGCAUAGAAGGACAAACUCUGCAACCAUUUCCCUCGCAACUGCCCACAAAGCUGUUUGUACACUUUUGAGAGAAAAUCCUGAGAGAAAACAAUAAUUUAGCUUUUUGUUAUAUCCCUGUUCACUAACAGAAAAAUGGGACUGAAAACAACAAUUUACCUGCCCACCACCCGUCUUCUUAAAUAUGGACAAAUUAGCCGCUGCUUUCAUCUCUAUGUAAAUGCAGGCUCAGUCGUGACCAGGCUGAACACAGCACAGCUUGUCUGACGUGGCCGUGCUAAGUUCAGUUCUUGUGCAAAUAGAAGAUAAGUGAGCAGAGGGGCAUUGAUCUGUUACCCCUUCCCUCAAAUGUGACAUUUUAAAUGCCAGACCAGUUCCUUUCACUUUCUGAUAGCUGUAAAGGAAAGGAGAAAGUGGAUUAUUCCCAACCCUAAUGGUAGAAAAUAGGUGAACAAUAGUUUACAUCUUAGAGUUACUGCAUCAGCUGAUUCCAGGCUCAGCCAAGAUUCACUGAUAGAAGGAGUUUGGCCAUCAUGCUCCUGCUCUAUUUCAAAAGAAUAUUUCUUGGCUGCAAAUAUUUAACUUUGCUGUCUAUAUAUUAGACACAGAUUUCCAUCUCACAGAAGAGCUGCUCUGGAGCUCAGAGGGAAGACUCUUCAGCAUGUUGGGUGCUUACAGGGCCGUAGCCAAGAUUUUAGAGGUACUGAGGUCAUGUGUCCCCAAUGCAACCCUACCCUCCAAAUAUUGUUUUUAUAUAAUUAUUAAUUUAUAUUCUUUUUGAUGGCCUGAAGGUAAAAUUUAAAUAUAUGAAGCCUAACAAGACUACAAGUCUACCGCCAAAACAGAAUAGUUUUGAAAUUAUUUUGUCAUAACCAAAGUAUUGGAUACAUUUACAUUUUCACCAGAUGAUGGCGCUACAGGGAACGUGCAAGGAUCAUCAGAGUGAUAUUACAGUUUAUCACAAGGGCAACAUGAAUGUCUGUACUAAAUUUUAUGGAAAUUCAUUCAAUAUUUGUUGAGACAUUUUACUCGAAAUCCCAGAUGUCAACCUCAUGGUGGCGCUAGUUUGAAAAGUUGGACAAUCACCAAAGUCAAUAGGAUUUAUCCUCCUAGUAACAUGAAUGUUUGUACAAAGUGUCAUGGCAAUCUAUCCAAUAGCUGUAGAGCUGUUUCAUUCUGGAUGUGGUGGACUGACCACUCGGUAUUGUCAUCCCUAGAGCUAUGCUAGCAACAUGGCUACAAACACUGGAAUCAGAAUGUUAUCUUCCCCCACAAAUCUCUAAAAUACAAAAGACAUGACCUCAGUGUCUUCAAUCGCAGCUACAGCCCUGGAUGCUUGUUGACAUGACUCUGUAUCACCCAGCUGACUAACCAUCCAGAUCCUCAUUGUCUCAGCUUCCUCAGUCGUUUCUGUAGCACUCAGCAUAUCCUAAAACACAGUGAACCCACCAUGAAGAGGGUCAUCAGCUUUACAAGACUGGCAUGGCUUCUGGCCCGCUGAGACGGCAGGUCGCACGCCGGUUCAAACUGUAUUUCUCAAUGACUUAAGCUCCUGUUACAGUUGCCAGUUUAAGAAUGAGUGGGCAGGAUAAUAGUGCUGCUGACGCCACAGGAACACAAGAAUACUGGGACUGAUUUAGAAAUUCUGGCUUUUUAAAGGUUGAUAAGCCUAGCUGGAGAACGGCUGAGUGUGUGUCCGUGUGUCUGCGUGUGUGCAUGCUUUCUAAGCGAGUGAAGAAAUGCAACCAUAUUUUUAGUCUCUUGCCUGUUGCUUAGCGACCAUCUAUCUGUAAGCCGUUGUCUUCUUGACUGUCGCUGGUGUGUGUGAGACAUUGUGUGUGUGUCAUUCUCUUUUGAUGUUGUCUCUGUCUGCUCGCCCUCCUUCGUUUAGUGACUGUGACAAUAUAGUUUCUCAUUAAUUUCCUCUCUCUCUCUCUCUGCGGGUGAAUUUCCACAUGUAUUAUCAUCAUCAUAUGUUCAUUUCUUGUUCAUCAUGUGUUUCUUUUACUUUAUGAUCCUUGUGCCUCCC